UCCAAACAGUCUACUACAUUUCUUUCCUCUUUCUUCUUUCCUAUUUUCCUUUAUUUCCUAUCCUUUUAUUUUCUAAUAAAGAAAUCGGAAAACCCCAAUCCACAAUCUUUUCAAUAUGCAAUUCUCCACUCUCUUCCUCGCUGCUCUGUCCGCCACCGGCUCCCUCGCCGCUCCUCUGCAGUCCCGCGGAGCCAGCAAUGAAGUCCGCGUCGCUCUCUCCAACCAGGCCAUCGAACUAGGUGUCCAAAACACCUUCGUCGACGGCAAGCGAGAUGUCAAGACCCCAUCUUCCUCUGGUCCCUUCCAGACCGUCGAGCUCCGCCUCGGACCAAAGGUCAAGAACCCCAAUCUCCGCUGCCAGAUCCGCGACCAGCAGAACAAGCCCAUCACUGUCGUCCGCGGCGCCAACGUCGACAUCACCUUCGCCGACGGCGGAAAGGGCCCCUGGACGCUCAAGAAGACCGCCAAGGUCUCCUCCAUCAUCUGCGACCCAGCCUUCAAGCAGGGUUCCGCCCGCGCCGCCGCAGUCCCCAGGGCUGAAUCCGAGGUCGAGGUCGAAGAGGAAGUCGAGCAGUAUCUCGAGGAAGCCGACAUCGACGACGAGGAGGAAGUCCCUACCCUAGUAGCCCGAGCCAAGGACACAAAGGUCCGCGUCCUCCUGCAGAACACCGCCGCCGAGCUCGGCGCAACGACAACCUUCGAUAACGUCAAGGGGCGUGCCAGCAAGCGUCCCACUGCUUCCAAGGGCCCCUUCACCUCCGUCACGCUCUCUGUCGGUGCCGGCGCAAAGCAGGAUCUCAGGUGCCAGAUCCUCGACAACAACCGCCGCCCCAUCAAGGUCAAGCGCGGCGCCAACGUCGAUACCACCUUCGCUGAUGGCGGCAAGGGCGCCUGGACUUUCCUCGAGCCCAAGAAGAGCCAGGUCAGUGAGAUCAUCUGCGAUCCCGCUUUCAAGAAGGCUGCUUAAGUGAAGUCUUCUCUUCCUCCUCUUCUUCAUUUCUCUCCAGAGCAUGCUUUGGAGGCCCUGGUGGGCAACGUCCUACUUUGACGAGUAGCAAGGAAUUGGUUUGGUUUGUCAAUUUUUUUUGCAUAGCGGAUUGCAUUGCGGGCAUUUGGGACUUAUUUGUUUUUCUUCUUUUUGGCAGCUUAAUGUUUUUGAAGGGGAUGAUGCAUUAUUUGUUGUAACUAGAUUUACCUUCUUCGACACUCGUUCAUAAACUUGAAAUAAAC